AAUCAUGUGGGUUUUUGUGGCCGGAAGGGCCCUUGAAAUACAGAAAGAGGGUGCAUGCACUUUGCUUACUGAGCUGAGAUACAAUUCAAGGGGUGAAUUUGACAGAGUUUGAACAAAGCUUCGGAAUGGCUACUGAACAAGACUCAGAUGCUCAAAAGAAGCUAGCCAGGGACUUAUGGCAGGCUGUAAACUAUAGUAACGUCAUCAAAGUUAGGUCCAUGUUGGGACAGGGGGCAGACCCCAACCACCAGCUCUACUGGAGUGACAAGUGGGCGGAUAAGCAAUCUCCAUUACACUUGGCUUGCUGGAGGGGCUACCUUGAGAUUGUGAAGACACUGGUUACUCAUGGAGCUCGUACUGAUAAAGGUGGUGGGAGUGAAAACAUGACUCCACUUCACUGGGCAUGCUGGGGAGGUCAUAAAGAGGUGGUGCAGUACUUGAAGGAGGUCGGGUGCAGCACUGAUGUGAGGGACAGGCGGGGCCUAACACCACUGCACAGGGCUUGUGUGGGAGGAAAUAUACAACUAGUGAAAUACCUAGUUGAGGAACUAAAGUGUGAUGUUGAUGUAACUAAUAAUGAUGGCAGGACUCCUCUUGACUGGGCAGUACAGUAUGGUCAGACUGAAGUUGCUGACUAUCUCAAGUCUGUAGUCUCCACUCCUGAACCAAAUACUCCAAAUGGUUCCGAACAACUUCCUUCAACUUCUUCCAAGGAUGAUCCUAACCUAACCUCAUCAAUCGAUAUUCAAAACCAAACCUAUUUGAAGAAACUGGACGAGCUGAUGACUGACGAAAGUGGUACCAUUGAGCUACACUAUCUCAAGAUGCACUUCAUUGGUCCCUCGGGUCUUGGCAAAACGACCACUCGACAGCGGCUUGUUGGAUCCAUCACUAACCUGUCUGAGCUGCCCGAAAAUCAAAGGAAACGUUGCAGUACAUUACUAGCCGAGUGUGAACAAGUAUUGGCCUUUGUGGACAAAUCUGGAACAAAGCUUGAAUUCAAAGCAUCUUCAAGUCUAGAGGAAGAAACACAGUUUAUCUUCUCUUAUCUUAUGUCCUGUGAAUCUAUUGAAGACAGCACUGUCAGUCCACCGAAGGAACAGCCCACGCAAGAAACAACUGACCCCAAGAAGCAAACUCAACUCAAGAUCGAUGAAGCACCCAAAGGGCCAACACCAGAACCACCGGAAAAGGUCGUGAAAGUGACGGCUGUAGAUGUUGGAAAGGUUGUCUCGAGACUCCGGAGUAUUGUGGGUUCAGGAGAGUACACUAAAGAGCUGCUGAACAAAGUCCUACUCAAUCUGGUCGAUAUAGGUGGGCAGCCUGGAUUCGUGGAGAUGUUUCCAUUUCUAAGCAAAGGCGCAGGGAUUUUCCUGGUAUUCUUUCGACUGGACAAAGACCUCGAUGACAUGUGUCAAGUCUCCUACGAACGAGGAGAGGACAAGAUCACACCGUAUGAUUCAACUUACACAAGCAGAGAAACACUCUCUCAAAUCCUCUCAGCUAUCAGCCACCAUACCAAGAUUGACUCGGAUAUUGACAGAGAGCAGUGUAGUAAACUGGGCAAUCUAGGCUCUGCUAAGCCUGUUGCUACCCUCAUAGGUACUUUCAAGGAUGAACUGACAAUGCAAAUCAAAGUUGAUCUUCUGUACGAGAAAUGUUGUCACUCAGCUAUCUACAAGAGCGAUAGUACCACUGCUAGCAAAAGCGAUAGCGAUGGCACCACUGCGAGCAAGAGCGAUAGCACCACUGCCAGCAAGAGCGAUAGUAUCACUGCCAGCGAGAGCGAUAGCACUACUGCCAGCAAGAGCGAUAGUACGACUGCCAGCGAGAGCGAUAGCACCACUGCCACCAAGAGCGAUGGCGAUGGCACCACUGCCAGCAUGAGCGAUGGCACCACUGCCAGCGAGAGCGAUGGCACCACUGCCAGCAAGAGCAAUGGCACCACUGCCAGCGAGAGCCAAAAAGAACACGAACAAAAGAAAGCAAUUCGGAACAUUUUGACUCAACAGAAGAGUGAUGAGCAUGCUAACAUCAAUGCAGAAGACAUCGCUGCCAUUGAGCAAACAGUCAGCCAACACCUCAACUCAGACACUUUCAAGAAAGAUAUCCAAGACCAUUUAGAGCAAAAGCUGAGAGAGAAAAACGAAGCCGUGACCAAGAUUACCAGCAAGUUUGAGGAUUUACUUUCUCACCCAAAAGACAAGAAGUUCAUAGCAGUGGACAACUACGAAGGCACUGAUUCUGAUAUGGAACCUCUUCGUGAACAUCUUCAUGGCUUAUUGCGUAGCUAUUUCAAAGAUGCCAAGCUUCGAAUUCGCCCACAACAGCUUUUGUUUGGAGUUGUACUGAGAAAAGAGUUUGACAUUGUGUCUAUGGAAGAAUGCAUUCGUAUCGGGACGGAGGGGUUGAAGAUGAGAGAGAAGGAGGUUCGAUUCACCGUUUGGUACCUGGAUCGGUACGUUGGAGCUUUGAUUUAUCAUCCAGAGAUCAAGGACAAAGAUGGUUGGUUUGGGAACUUUGUCAUUUGCAACCCCCAAGUGGUAUUCAAGAGCCUCAGUGUUCUCGUUGUCAAUCCGCUGCUGGAGCUCCAUUCUGAAGACAGCCGUAUUCAGUUUAAUGAUGCUGAGAGAAGGAAUUGGAUACUCAAGGGACAAUUCUCACUGAAAACAAUCACUCGAUGCCAUUCCGAUGUAAACCCGGGUGUGAAGAAAGACCAGUUGAUUCCUGUUGAGAAGCUGCUCAUACUACUCGAGCAUUCCCACCUCUUGGCCAAGAUCACAACAGUGAAGGAGGACCAUACCACAAAAGAGGUUGAAACGACGUAUUUCAUCCCCGCUAUUCUCAAGUGUGCAUCUCGCGAGGAACUAACGAAACCACCCCCCACUGGCAUUGAUACACCCUCUCCAAUCAAGAUCACAUUCAAACCUCAAUACGUUCCCAUUGGAGUUUUCUGUGCCAUGAUCAGUGAAUUGGUCUCAAGGGGGAGUAAAGGCAAAGGCAUUCUGGGCAUGACUUGGAAACUUGCCACUGAUACCUCAGUAAAGAGAAACCUCGUCUCCUUUCACAUUGACGAAUCUGCCAAGCAUUUUGUUACCUUGAUUGCACAUGUCGAUAGCUACGAGAUACGGAUUAUUCGACAGAAUCGAAAGUACACGAUGCACGACCUUUGUUCCUACGUCCUCUCAACCCUCCUGUUGGUGAUGAAGGACAUUAGUCCACUACUCACUCCGAUUAUUGCCUUCGACUGCUACUGUGGCAAACACGGAGAUGCCACGAAACUGUGUGUCCUCACACCUGGAGUGUAUCCCUGCUUUAACUGCACCAGUGAAGUCUCUCUGAGUCCUCACCAAGAAUGCUGGUUUGCAAAAGAAGUCAGUCUGGGAAAGGAUGCUUUUCUCAAGGCUCUGCCCUUUGCCACGAAGCGAACGUUGAAGGAUAAGAACCUCACCUUCGAGUGGAGCAAGAAAGAUCCUGAAAUUGAUGAGGAUGAACACAAAUUGGAAUUCAAGGCGGCCUCGUUAAAGGAUCACUUUAAAGGCUUUAUCAGUUGUGAGAUCUCCAAGAACCAGAAGCCUUUCUUGACCGUGUACCACUGCCUCAAAGAGAGUGUUGAGGACACCUCCAGCUCUGAAACUGAUCAGCUGUUUGCAGAUGUAAAGGAAGGGAUCAAAGAGAUACGCUCUGACUGGUACAGCCUGGCCAUAGAACUGGACAUUGACUAUGCAACUAGGAAGAGUCUUGAGAAGGACUAUCGCUGGGUUGAGCCGUGCUUUGAGGCCAUGCUGACACACUGGGUGAAGCGCUCUUCUCCUCCCCCCUCCUGGUCUUCCCUUGUUAGAGCACUAGAGUCUCCCGCUAUUGCUCGUGGGGACAUUGCAACAACCAUUAAGACAAAAGCUACCAGCGACAUCUCUCCUGAUAUUUGUCCUCUCACUGACUGUGAGGGACUGAGUGUGGAUCAUCAUUUGAGGGUAGUGAGGACUGCUGCCUGGGAGGUGAGGGGGACAUGGCGUCCUCUGGGAGAGCAGUUGGGUGUCAAUGAGGGGACACUAGAUGCCAUCAAGAGGGACUGUCCGAAUGAGUGUGAUGACUGUUUCACUAAACUACUGGAGCAAUGGUUGACAGGAUCCACCCCCGCCCCCACACUAGGAGCACUCAUCCAUGCACUCAAGUCUCCUGUCAUUAGUCGUGGAGACAUUGCCCAACAGAUGGAGUCUAAACUAACCAAGCUAGCUUCACAGUAACAGCUCCACUGACUCCAUAUCAUGAUAGUGACUCGUACAUCUUUUAUUGAUCAGAAACAACUAAUUAAUUUUUAUGCUUUGUUUUGCUGGUUCCCACUCUUGCUAAGAUUUGUGCAUAAUAAUAAUAAUGCAGUGCA